AUGAAUGGGAAAUGAAAACGACUAGCUCAGCUAGCUAGUAAUAGCUACUUCUUAAAGAACAACAGGUUCGAAACUCCUGAUAUAACUAGCUAUGUAAUUUACCUAUAAGUUUUAGAUAUACAGGAGGCAUUUCUGAAUCGUUAUUCAUAAUACCGAUAUUACGGGAUCCACCUGAAUCGAGUUAGCUCCUGCUGUUUUUAGCUAACGAUGUCAGCUAGAACGAUGUAGGUUAGCUAACUGGUUAGCUAGCAAAAGAACUGUAGCUACUGUUGUUUAUCAACCUAACUAAACUAUCACACUCAGUCUUAAAUCGAUUAGUCAGUUAGCUACCCUACGUGAUUGUCUUUUCAUUUUGUAAGCCUUUUAGAAUCACCUACCAGCUGCCGUUUUUUGUUUGUUUACCUCGGAAGGUCUUCUGCCAUGCCUUUCUGUGAAAUCUGUAGUGAAGUGCUUGAAUCUGACUCAGACAUGAGAACUCACCUUCUCCUGAGCCACCUGGAAAAUGAAAUGAGUUGUCCGUUCUGCUCACUGUCAGGUGUCUCUUAUGACGACCUACACUUUCACAUCUGCACAGCACAUAAAGAGACGGACUCGCAGCACUCUGUUGUCCCCAGUGCUACAGGCAAUGCGCGUAGAAGCUCAGCUGUAACCGAGAUUACAAUAACCAGUGCUAAAGGGACAUCGGAGUAUUCACCAGCUGUACGUAAGAAAAGGGUAACCCAGGCUUCCUCAGAGGCUUCUGGUCAUCAUGCACUUUGUCUGAAGAAUGGGGCAACUGCUUCUAAUGCAGGGACUGCACUUACGCAGGGAGCCACAUCCAGGGAAGAGGCAUCACGCACUGCAGUAGCUGCUCCGAGCAGAACUAAAAAGCCACUCAGACAUGCACCCAAUUUCCUCGGUCGACAGGCUCAGGAGGAACCAUCUAAACAUCACAAAUCAAAACAGCAACAUCUGUCUUCUAAGAAAGGACAUAAGUUCACAUGUCCCAUGUGCACUCUAGUCUGCGCUGACUGCUUCAUUCUUCAGGAACACGUGGAGCUGCAUCUCCAGGAUCAGGCCGAAUGUGAAGGUGUGCAGAAGUAUGAAUGUCCGCUGUGUUCUGUGACCUGUGUGGACAGCAGCUCACUGCAGGAGCAUGUGGAGCUGCAUCUGGAAUACGGCCCAACUGCAAGUGAAGGGGAUUCAUGUAGAGACCUAAGGCUGGCCAGGAAGCUACAGGAAGAAGAGGAGCAGAAGAGGAAGGCAGAAGGAUCCAGACAGGAAGCUGAGGAUUUUAAACAACUACAGAGACAGUUUGGAUUGGAUAAUGGUGGUGGCUAUCGUAGGCAAAUGGAGAGGAGCUUGGAGAGAGCUGUGUCGCAAGGGCGCUUGACCCCAGCUGAUUUCCACAGAAAGAGGGUGGAGAUGAUGGAAUCUUUGGCCUCAGGGAUGGAUGAUGGGCGAACCCAAACAACAGGGCUGCUUGCAGUUGUGUACGAGUUCUACCAGCGUGAGGCUUGCGCCGGGACCCACGUAUGGCUGUGUGCUGACACGGACCACUACUCGACUUCAGCUGGAGACAGAGGAUGGGGCUGUGGCUAUAGAAAUUUCCAGAUGCUGCUGUCGUCCCUGCAAAGGAUGGAGCAAUACAACACUGCACUAAACACCCUGCGAGGCUCCAUUCCCAGCAUUCCCCAGGUGCAGGCUCUAAUUGAGGCAGCAUGGGCUGAGGGUGUGGACCCUCAAGGUGCUUCCCACUUCAGUGGGCGUUUGCAGGGCACCCGUGCCUGGAUCGGUGCAACCGAAAUCUAUGCUGUCCUCACGGCCCACCAAGUCAGGGCCCGUAUUUUUGACUUCCACCAGCCCACGGGCCCAAGUGGCACACACCCUAAACUGUUUGAGUGGGUGAAAAACUACUUCUCCCUCCCCUCCAGUAGGGGUAGUAGAUUACCUCCCAGAGUGGUGAAGACAACUCUACCACCCAUCUACCUCCAGCACCAAGGCCACAGUCGCUCCAUCGUAGGAGUGGAGCAGAGGAGGAAUGGCAGCAUGUGUCUGCUGCUGUUGGACCCAGGCUCUUCUCCUGCAGAGAUGAGGAAACUGCUCACCCAAAAUGCGGCUUCUGCUUCCAUCACCCACAUGCGCAAGUUCCCUGGCCACCUCAAACACAGGCAGUACCAAAUGGUGUUGGUUGAGGGUUUGCUAUCCCCAGAGGAGAAACAGAUCCGUAUUCUUAACUCAAAAACUUUACAUGCUGAGAGAAUUCCCUGAAGUCCCUGUACAAGGACUGGCGAACUAAUGGUUUUUACAACUGAAGUCUUCAUCCCUGCAUUGGAUAUUAUUAUUAAUAAUAUUAUUAUUAUUAUUACUAUCCUGCUUUGCACUGAGUGAAUGUGUGAUCUUUUUUUAAACAAAAUAAUAAACAUGAAGUUUUAUUUUUGUGUAAAUGUUACGUUCCAAGCAAUUGCAGUUGUGUAACAGUUAGAUAAGUAAAAAGCCAUGUUUUCCAGCUAAGUGACCUUGUGAAGCUACAUGUAAUUACUGACACUUUCUUCAUUAGUUUUUUCUCUUCCUCUUUCGCAGUAGAAGCACAGCGAUCAGCUGUGGAGCAUGUGUGUUCAUUACCCACUGUGAUGGGGGAACAGUUAACACAUUUUUUAAAUGAAAUUCCAUUAUGCAUUGCUUUCAUAUGCAGUCUUCUCAGACUGUUUAAACCAGACGUGAAGACCAAUACGAGUGUAUAGUAAGUUCUGCCGGGCUGGGUGAAGAGCUGUAGAUUCUGAGCAUGUUCAACAGGGAUCAGGCUUAACAGCAUUUACACUGUGUUUACAGAAAUUAACAGAUGCUCCUGACCAGAGCAGUUUACAAACUUCUUUCCAUAGGCGUUAUCCUAGUGCUAGGACAUGGUCUAAAGAUACCAUCAAAUUAAAGCCAUGUCAUGGCUAAGAAGGCAGUGCAGGAAAAUACUCUGACAGGAGUCAGGAGAUUUGUGUUUUGUUUGUUUGCUUUAAAUUAGUAUGCAUAUUAAAUAAAUGCAGGGUUAGUGAUCUUUGAAGUGCUUCUGGAUCAUUCGUUAUCAUUUCAGUAAAGAUUUGGGUGCUAGAGAAAAGUCUUGAGGUAUGUCUUCCCUGUGCUGAGGUGAAGCAGUUCAAGACAAGCUGUACUUGAGUGUGGGAUAACACCAUUGCUUUCAGGUAGUAUGGAACUGGUCCAUUUUGAGCUUUAUAGAUAAGCAUCAGUGUUUUAAAUCUGAUGCUGGCAAGUAUAGGAAAGCAGUGAUGUGUCUGAACUUCGGAAGUUUGAAUUGCACUCUGUUUAAAGUUUUAAACGUGUAUAGGAAGGGGCUGUCAAAAGUGAGUUGCUAUCUAGGCAUGCCGCAAUCUGACUCGAAAGUUUAUCUGAGGGAAAGAGAAGAGGUCUAAGCACUGACCCUCAUGGGCUGCCUAUACAGAACCUGCAAGGAACAGAUGUGAAUACUCUCCAUGUCACUACCAUGUAAACCACUAUCAUGCUGAAUCAGUGAUGUAAGAAUAGUGAGGACCCUGUCAAAGGUGGCAAAGAGGUCUAGGAGUGUCAGGACCAUUUACAGUUUGGCUAAUGUUGCAGCAUAAUGCUUCUCAGUGAAUUGAAUGAGAGCAGUUUCUGUAAAGCAGACUGGUUUGGAUCCUGGAGUCCGUUCUGUAUAAGAAAAAGAAAAUCAAUAGUAACCAGCAUGUUUUAGAGAGAAAUAAAAGGAGAAAUCCUGGUUGGUAGCUGUGGAUAUCAAAAGGGUCAUGAGUCAUUUCAAAUUGGGUGUAUCGCUGUGGAUGAUGUUAUAGAACCAUUUAGGAUGGAUGUGAUAAAGUGGAGGAGGUCGUCUGAAAGAUCUUGGAAAGAACAGAAACAGGUGACUGCAAAAUAAGACCUUUAAUACUAUGAACAAAAGAGAAAAAAUGAACGUAAACUGUAUGGCUGGAGUGCAUUUUAUAAAAGUAAAGCAUUGCGUUUCCUUUCAUGCUGCUAAUGUGCUAAUGAGGACCACCCAACCUUUUCAUAAAAUCUGCAGUGAUGAGUGUGAUGAGGUUUGCCAGUAAUGAAUCGCAAUGUGGAGUGAUAAAUUCAGUAUAAAAGUUUGAGGAGCAUGAAAGAUGAGAUUAUAAAUUACAUCACCAUAAUCCAGAAUAGACAGUAAGGUUGUCUCCCUGGCUCUUUCCUCUCAUAUAAAGACAGACAGAAUUUAUUUUGGUACAGGAAACUAAGAUUCUGUCUACACUUGCUGAUGUUUACUAAUAUGAGCUUUAAAUGUAAGUUUAUCAUCCAGCCAUAUACCAAGGUAAUUUAAAAAAAAAAAAGAUAGGGGUGACAGUGGCAAGGAAAACCUCCCUAAAGCA